CGCCAUCUUAUGUCGCCUUUCUAUUGUUCAUAAUUGGAGUUAACAGAGGCGGCAUAGCGUUAUUGUGCGCAUUAUAUGAAUUUGAAGACGCAUAAGAGAACAUUUUAUGAAGGAAAGAACUGGCGAAUAACCAGAGACUGUCAUAGAAACUGACAAGUUGAAUUUCUCUCAGGGUUCGAUCUUUCAUUCGAUCGGCAAAUAUGAUGGACGACGAACAGCCCAAGACUUUGUAUGUUGGAAACCUGUCCCGCGACGUGACAGAGGCGCUGAUCAUGCAACUCUUCGGGCAGAUAGGACCCUGCAAGAGCUGUAAAAUGAUUGUUGAUACGGCAGGUAAUGACCCAUACUGCUUUGUGGAGUUCUACGAGCAUAGGCAUGCUGCUGCCUCACUGGCUGCAAUGAAUGGACGUAAAAUAAUGGGUAAGGAGGUCAAGGUCAACUGGGCCACCACACCUAGCAGCCAGAAAAAAGACACAAGCAACCACUUCCAUGUCUUUGUGGGAGACCUCAGUCCAGAAAUUACCACAGAUGACAUCAAAGCUGCCUUUGCACCCUUCGGGAGGAUAUCUGAUGCUCGCGUGGUGAAAGACAUGGCCACAGGGAAGUCUAAGGGCUACGGCUUUGUGUCCUUCUACAACAAAUGGGAUGCAGAAAAUGCCAUCCAACAGAUGGGCGGCCAAUGGCUGGGUGGGCGUCAGAUUAGAACCAACUGGGCAACGAGAAAGCCCCCAGCGCCCAAAGCCACCUACGAGACGAAUACCAAGCAUCUGUCUUUUGAGGAAGUCGUCAACCAGUCCAGCCCUAGUAACUGCACUGUCUACUGUGGAGGGGUCACCACAGGCCUGACUGAGCAAUUGAUGCGACAGACGUUCUCCCCCUUUGGCCAAAUUAUGGAAAUUCGUGUGUUUCCAGACAAAGGCUACUCUUUCGUGAGGUUUAACUCACACGAGGGUGCAGCCCACGCCAUUGUCUCUGUCAAUGGCACCUCCAUAGAGGGCCAUGUGGUCAAGUGUUACUGGGGCAAAGAGACGACAGAGAUGGUCAGUCCCAUGCAGCAGGUACAGAUGCCUCAGCAGAACAAACUAGGCUUUGCAGCCCAGCCCUAUGGGCAGUGGGGUCAGUGGUACGGCAACACCCAGCAGAUCGGCCAGUACGUGCCCAACAGCUGGCAGGUACCCGCCUACGGCGUCUACGGCCAGGCAUGGAACCAGCAGGGCUUCAAUCAUUUACAGGCCGGGGCUGGCUGGACGGGGGUCGGAGCCAUCAGCAACGGAGCCAUGGUGGAACCGACACAGGGAGUCAACGGAACAAUGCUCGCCAACCAGUCCGGCAUGGGCACAGCUGGCUACCACACACACUGAUCGGACUGAACCAACUGAGCG